CCUCCCUCCUGUUAAUCCUCCAGCAGCAGCGGCGCAGCGAAGGAGCAGCGACGGAGGCUAACAAAGCACUACUUUGACUUCAUUUGGAUAGACUUUAAACCAAUUACUUGCUAUGGCCGCAAUCAGGAAAAAGCUGGUCAUAGUGGGAGAUGGAGCCUGUGGGAAGACCUGUCUGCUCAUCGUGUUCAGCAAGGACCAGUUUCCAGAAGUCUACGUGCCCACAGUGUUCGAGAACUACGUGGCUGACAUCGAAGUCGAUAGCAAACAGGUGGAGUUAGCUCUCUGGGAUACAGCAGGUCAGGAGGACUACGACAGACUGCGCCCGCUCUCUUAUCCAGACACUGAUGUCAUCCUCAUGUGCUUCUCCAUCGACAGCCCCGACAGCCUCGAGAACAUCCCUGAGAAGUGGACCCCGGAGGUGAAACACUUCUGCCCCAACGUUCCCAUCAUCCUGGUGGGAAAUAAAAAGGACCUGCGCAACGACGAGCACACUCGGAGGGAACUUGCCAAAAUGAAGCAGGAACCUGUGAAAACAGAGGAUGGGCGGGACAUGGCGAACAGGAUCGGUGCCUUCGGAUACAUGGAGUGCUCUGCAAAAACAAAGGACGGCGUGAGGGAAGUGUUCGAGAUGGCCACCAGGGCUGCACUACAGGCCAGGCGGGGGAAGAAGAGCAAUAAAUGCGUCCUACUGUAGACGGAGGCCUGAGGACUGCUUCCUACAGGGGGAGAGAAGAAGAAUUAGGUCAAACCUACCCCCCCCCAAACACAUCCACACAAAAGACUGUUCUCCCCGGUUUUUACUAAAGGUGUAAUGCUUUUACUUUUUUUGUCUUAAGCAAAAGUAGUCAGGUUCUGUCAGUAUUCAACCUUGAGGUGAUGGAAGAUACUUUUUUGUACUUUUAACAUGAGUAAAUUUGCCAUAACGAAACCUCCUUUAUCAAUACGUUCAAUGUAAUCGAAAAGGUCAGCCAGGGGACCCGCUGUGUCGUACCCGCCAACUACAGUCAAGUGCUUAAGCCCUGCCUGCUGAUCUGAGGAAUGUCUCCACAGCCAACCAGGGCGAAGUACCUGCACACUGUGACCUGUCGUCCUUUAAUUAUUUCAGCAAGCCGACGCACACAUGAAGUCGAAAUUUGUUUCGUGUGCUUCAUUACAAAUCUUAACGUGCAUCAUGAUCACGUGCACAACAUGAGACUGGAAGCCGAUUUUUGCUAAAACGCAAAUGGAAACUUAGUGUUUUGUGUAAUAAAUUACUUUGUAAGAAUCUUGA